GAGCAAUUGGGUCCAAGACUCCAUAUGGGGUGGUGCUGAGUCCUCUGUCAUCCUGUUUGUCUUUUUUCAAAUAACCCCACCCCCGCAGAGGACACACAAACCGUCCCCCAUUGUUGGCAUUAGUUUAUUUGUGCAUUGUCUGUUGUGUGUUACAAGUAUUUUUCUUUCCUUCUUGCAUCGAUCGUUUCAUUUAUUUUCUUCUUUGUCUAUACUUUGUUUGCCCACACGCCAAAAUGUUUAGAACUACCGUCGCUCGUCAAGCCAUCAAAUAUCUCAAUCACACCGCCGUCCGCCCAGCUUCAGUAUUCCCCCGAUCAUCCAGUGUCAAUAUCACCCGUCGUCCCCUCUCAUCCACCUCCCCCCGGGCCAGCAAAGAAGAAGAGGAUAAAGCCGCAAAAGAUCCCCUCUUGACCGCAACCGACAGAGCACGCCAGGGCACAUUGGGCGACAAAGAGGGCCGCAAUGCCCGUGUCGAUGAGAACCUGCAGAUCGAGUACCCGCCUGAUGAGGAUAUGCCUCGCUCUCCGGUCGUCCAAGGCCGGGGAGGUAUGCAUUUCAAACGGACCCUGGCCGCAUUUUCCCUCGAGAAUAAGGUCAGCGUGGUGACGGGUGGUGCUCGUGGUUUGGGUCUUGUCAUGGCUCAGGCGCUGGUGGCAUCGGGGUCACAUCUUGCGAUUGUUGAUCUAAAUAAGACGGAAGCCGAGGAACAGGCCGAUAAACUGGUAGAGCAGUUCCGCAAGGAGAACCCGGGCGUCCAAGAUGACGAAAUGCCGAGGGUUACCGCCCAUUACUCAGACGUGGCCGACCCGGACUCAGUGAGCACCGUACUAGCUGAGGUUAUCGAUAAGCACGGCAGGAUCGACAAACUGGUCACCUCGGCUGGGUUCACCGAGAAUUUCGACGCCAUCUCCUACCCUUACGAUCGCAUCCAGAAGCUCUGGGGCGUCAAUGUGGACGGCACGUACCUGUUCGCGACCGGUGUCGCCCGACACCUUAUGGAGCGCAAGGCCCCCGGCAGCAUUGUCAUGAUCGGUAGCAUGUCUGGGGCGGUUGUGAAUGUGCCGCAGCCACAAGCGCCGUACAAUGCCGCCAAGGCUGCCGUUCGCCAUCUGGCGGCGUCGCUCGCCGUCGAGUGGGCCGGCCAUGGGAUCCGAGUUAACUGUAUCAGUCCGGGUUACAUGUUGACUGCGCUUACGCGCAAGAUUCUGGAUGAGAAUCCGGAACUCCGCGACAAGUGGAUCUCGCUCAUCCCCACCGGCAAGAUGGGCACGCCGGAGGACCUGAUGGGCGCCGUGGCCUUCCUUCUUAGUGACGCCUCACGAUAUGUCACUGGUGCUGACCUCCGUGUCGACGGUGGCUACACCCUGACUUAGAAUUUAGACCGUAAGAUGUACAGAAUCCACCUCAAUUACAAUGUUGUGAAUAAUGCGUUGCUCAUUCAUUGACUGUGGUCAUGACAUAUGAACAUUGAAUAGCGUUGAAUUUUUGUUUUCCCGUCCUGUUGGUUUGUUUUGCUAGAGC